AGUUAAAAUAAAACAUUCCGUUAAUCGGCAGUUAAGCGCUCCCUUGAAACCAGCGCCCCCAGUCGUGACUGAAAGUGCUGCUAAAGUCCCAAAGGAGCCAGGCUGCUAGAAAACAAACAAAAUCACGUGCCUGCGAGCGAGCUGACACGGUGACAGUGCCCCUCAGCCCCGGCUCGAUUAAGCGCCGCGGAAAUGCAAGUUAAUGAAUCCGAAAGCUACCUGCUCACCAGCGUCCUUGCCCCCCAAGUCACACGCAAGCGUGACUCCCGACGCCUGCAUCUUUAACCGUUUCUUGGACUUCUCAACUUAGCCAGCUUCCACCUAGCCUCUCCCUACCGAACUGACAGCUUCUGGUCAUGAGGCAGCCUCUACACCGCUGAGCGCCCGCAUUCAUAAAAAGCCUCUCCUAGAAUAAAGCGCUCGCGAAGAGAGCGCAAGCCGCCUAAUCCUCUCGCCAGCAUUCGCCACUUCUUCAGUGUAAAGAUGGCGAGGCUGCUCCGCAGUUUAGCCUUGCUUACCGUGCGCCUGGCUUGCAGGAUGAGGCUUCUGGCUUUUUGGACUCUCGUUUACGGUUUCUGCGUUUUCUGCACCUGCAUCGUGCUCCUCAAACUUGUGUGGAGCGUUGUCAGAAGGCCCAAGAAAACCUUCCAGUGGACGGUCCGAGAGACUGCGCCCGCCUUUUUGAAUGACACGUCCUUGGGCACUCACUGCUACGUGAGAAUUAAGGAAUCAGGGCUUCGUUUUCAUUAUGUUGCAGCUGGUGAGCGAGGCAAGCCUUUGAUGCUGUUUCUCCAUGGAUUCCCAGAGUUCUGGUUUUCCUGGCGUCAUCAGCUUCGGGAAUUCAAGAGCGAAUUCCGAGUGGUAGCUGUAGAUAUGCGAGGAUAUGGAGAAUCUGACAUGCCAGUUGGAAUGGAAAACUAUAAACUGGAUUACUUGGUUGCUGACAUUAAAGACAUUGUUGAAUACCUAGGAUAUAAUCGAUGUUACAUUGUUGGUCACGAUUGGGGUGGUAUGAUUGCCUGGUUGUUUGCAAUCUAUUACCCAGAGAUGGUGAAUAAGCUAAUAGUUCUCAAUUGUCCUCAUCCUUCUGCUUUUAUUGAUUACACUCUGCGCCAUCCUUCCCAACUGAAGAAGUCCAGCUACUUCUUCUUUUUUCAGUUGCCCAGGCUUCCUGAGUUAAUGCUGAGCAUUAAUGAUUUUAAGGCCAUCAAAUAUUUAUUCACAAGUCAUACUACAGGAAUUGGAAGGAAAGGAUGUCGUCUAACCUCUGGAGAUGUGGAGGCCUAUCUCUAUGUGUUCUCUCAGCCUGGAGCCCUGACUGGACCUCUGAACUACUACAGAAAUGUGUUCAGUUUCCUACCUUUAAAUCAGCAAGAUGUGAAAUCUCCAGUUUUGCUUCUUUGGGGUGAACGAGAUGCCUUUCUGGAACAGGAAAUGGCCGAAAACUCAAAGUUAUAUAUUAAAAACCAUUUUCGAAUCAACAUGAUUUCUGGCGCUAGCCACUGGCUUCAGCAAGAUCAGCCAGACAUUGUUAACACAUUGAUAUGGACAUUUUUGAAAGAAAGCGAGUCAAGGAAGGGAUACAGGAACUGAGUAGGUAUCACUACCAAAGACUUACGAGUUUAUAAAGCAUUUACUCGUUUGAUGAAAGACCUCAAUCAUUAGAAUACUUUGCAUGGAUUCUGGGAUACAGAAGAUGGGAUUAUUAUGGGUGAGAAUUUGAAAUUAAAUCAACAACAAGCAGUUAGGAAAUGUGCAGAGGGAUAAACAAAGCUUGGCAAAAGUCUGUUUCAUUUACUGAUUUUUUAGUUGUCUUUUAAGAUUUAAAAUGAAAUGAAUGUGUUGAAAUUUGCAUAUAUUCUUAUAAAGUGUAACCAAAAAUGUGUUUUGCACCUAUUGUAACAUCAGCCUUAAAAACGUGUAAGCGCCUCAUUUACAAAUGGGGCAAUCGUCUCCUUGUGAUUUGUAUUGUGUGGUGCCUUUGACUAUUUUAAUAUGAAAAAUAAAAUUGUGCCAUUUUUACAAAAUCUUCUGAGAUUUUCAAAUAUGUAGCUGUCACAAUGGAUUUUUAUACAACUUAAAAUUGUUACACAGUUGUUACACAGUUGUCUGCCAUCCUUUAUAUUUGUUAUAAAGGAUAUUGUUCUAUAUAUAGAAUUUUGUUCUUCUUAUUUGUAAUUUUGAAAAUUACUGAGAUGUUAUCUUUCUGUAUCAAGUGGUGGUUAGAUGUUAUAAAAAGAAAAAAGAAAUUUUGUAUAUCUUUCCACAUGUGAACACACUAAUUCAUUGGUCCUGCACAACCAUUCUAGUUUUUUAUGCAAAUAAAAC